GGCAGCGGAAGUCAUUAGACGCACGAACAUCGUGAUCUUCGGAGAGACAGGGGCGGGCAAAAGCUCCGUCAUAAACCUCAUGGCCGGCCGAGACAUUACGCACAUAUCGCCCGACUCUCACUGCUGCACUCUGCAUUGGUCGGAGUACCUGAUAACCUUCGAAAGUGGGACUCGAUACCAGGUGUUUGAUACGGUCGGCCUCGAGGAGCAAACCAGAGAGUAUCUCUCCGCAAUUACAAACGCAUAUGGCCUCAUCAACACCUUGAAAGAGCGUGGAGGUAUCAACCUCUUGCUCUUCUGCAUACGCGGAGGCAGAGUCACGGCAACCAUGCAGAGGAACUACAGGUUGUUCUUCGAAUUUUUCUGCGAAGCAAAAGUCCCGCUUGUGCUAGUCGUCACAAACCUCGAAAGAGAGACGAACAUGGAAGACUGGUACACGCGGAAUAUGGGCCACUUAGAGAAACAUGACAUCCGGUCCGUAGGACACGCAUGCAUAACUGCGGCGAAUCUUCUCGACGGGAGGCAUAGAGACAAGUAUGAGGAAUCGCGAAAAAUACUCUGUAGUGUUGUUCAGGCUCGUUGCCACGCAUCAAUGGAAGGGUGGACCGAAGGCCAAGGAUGGCUUGCUUCGUCCGGUAGCAAGCUCGUGGAUUUCGUCGCUGGACGUCCCAAGAAGACGGAUAUCAUUGGGAUCCUCACAAAACGAUGUGGAAUGACCAAGAAAGUCGCUCAGCAGGUGGCGCAGCAGAUCAAUAGAGGCGAAAAUCAAUCCUAGUAUAAUCUUUCCACUGCUGCUAUCAUAGUUCAUAGACUCUUCCCUCACACGUACAUACGUUACUACCUAGGCUACAACAACCACCUGAGCUGACGAAGUUAGCGCGCUU